UGCUGAAUUUCAUGAGCGGCUAAGUAAAAUUGAUAAGCUGAAGAAUAGAUAUGAAAUUCUUACUGUUGUUAUGCUACCUCCUGAAGGAGAAGAGGAGAAAACACAGGCCUAUUAUGUAAUAAAGGCUGCUCAAGAAAAAGAAGAACUUCAAAGGGAAGGUGACAGUUUGGAUGCUAAAAUCAACAAAGCUGAAAAAGAAAUCUAUGCUCUAGAAAAUACUUUGCAAGUACUGAACAGCUGCAACUACAAUUACAAACAAUCUUUUAAAAAAGUGACUCCAUCUAGUGAUGAGUAUGAGCUAAAAAUUCAACUAGAAGAACAAAAAAGAGCUAUUGAUGAAAAAUACAGAUAUAAACAAAGACAAAUGAGAGAACUUCAAGAAGAUAUCCAGAGCAUGGAAAAUACUUUAGAAGUUAUGGAACAUUUAGCAAAUAAUGUCAAAGAAAAAUUAUCAGAGAAGCAAGCUUAUUCAUUUCAAUUAAGUAAAGAAACUGAGGAGCAGAAGCCAAAAUUAGAAAGAGUAACUAAACAGUGUGCAAAAGUCACAAAAGAAAUCCGUCUUUUGAAAGACACAGAAGAGGAAACACUAGAAGAACAAGACAUCAAACUUCGUGAAGUGAAACAGUUUCACAAAAUCAUUGAUGAAAUGUUGGCUGAUGUCACAGAAAAUGCUGAGAUCCAUAUUAUCCUUCAAACAUACUUUCAACAAAAUGGGUUAGAACUACCUACAGCUGGUACUAAAGGCAGUCGUCGGAGUUCUAGAUCACCUUCACAGACUUCACUGUUAUCAGCAAGGUCAUCUAGGAGCACCACAAGUACUUCUGCUUCUCAGACUUCGAUUAAAGUGUUAGAGCUCAAUUUCCCAGACUCUUCUUCUAGGCCAAGUAGUGCUAGUAGUAGCUCUAGUAAUAAUAGUAAAAGCAAAAAGAGCAACAAAUAAGCAUCUUAAUCUCUUUUGAACAAGUUGUAAACACAAAAACAAAAACCUCAUACUUUAGUAAAUCCCAUUUUAUGCAUUUGGGUGCCAUACAAUGAUCAUAUAGAGAGGCCUGCUGAAGUAGUAUUAGAAAUAUGAAUGACCAGACAAGUUUUAUCCAGUGGGAAAUGCAAAAGUAAAGUAAUUUUCUUAGUUUUCCUACUUCUUUCUUCAUACAGAAGGAAAACAAUAGCAGAUUCUUAACAAGGCUACAUGUUAUACAAGCAUAGGGAAAAUGGUGUGUUUCCCCGUAAUUUUGAUGUUUGCAGUGUUAGUUUCCUUCAUUGUUUCAUGAAACUACACUCACAUAUAACAAUCUUUCAGGAAGAAAUUUCUAAGAUUCAUCAUACUGUUAAGAGCUAAUAACAGUAUGAAAAUUCUUAUUUACUCCAGAAGAUCCCAAAAGUAGGUUUUCUUUAUUCAAAGAAACAUUUCCCAGACUUUUGAGGAUAAAAAUCUGUUAAAGGCAACUUCUCUUUUGGUAUAAUUUUUAACAAAUGACAUCACCCCAAAGAAAGCAAUAGGUGAAAUGUUGUGUAUCAAUAAAAAAACGCAGCUUAAGUGUCUAAGAAGUAGAACAAAAUCUAAAAAUUUCUAAGAAUCACCCCACUCUGACCUUGAAAGAAAUCAAAACACAUUAGAGAUUCUGCUCUCAAGAUACAGCCAAUCGAGCAUAAAGAAUAAGAAUAUAUUUUUGAAGUUUUCUUUAGUAAACAAUUUGAAGAAAGCUAGAUAUAAUUUGAUUUGCAAUAGGAAUUCCAUUAUAAGUGGAGGUUUAUUACCACAUGUGCCCAAUACUUUGGAAUUGAGGGUAGAAUACUGUUAUAAAACUGGAUUUCAAAUAAAUAUAUUAGAAUCCA